AUGGCGUGCGCUGCAGGGCUGUUGAAGCAUGCAAAGCAUCCGAAACAGUUCAGCAGGUCACCCCACGUGCAAGCCAUAGCUCUGCUGAAGGAGAGCGUGGGUGCAAGUGAUUGGGAGUUGGCGGUAUCAGUGUUGAGCAUGGCUCACGCUUCAGGUGUACGGCACGACCAACGCAGCUUCAGCAUUGCACUGAAGGCCUCAGGCAGAGCAACCGCUUGGGAGGUAGCUUGCUGCCUGGCACCAUGGAUGGACAGAGUUGGCAUAAGUCUGGAUUCCAUCACCUUCAGCACCGCAACCACUGCCAUAGGCUACAGAUGGAGGCUUGCAUUUGGGUUGGCAGCUAAGAUGCAGAAGUAUCUACUCUUCCCAGAUGUGGUUAACUACGGAAGUACCAUCAGCUCCUGCCAGCAAGCACUACAGUGGUCUUCGGCUCUGUGGCUCGUGGGCAAGAUGGCGCACACCGCCCUUUCAGCGAAUGCGGUUAUUUCAGGAUCCCUUGUCAGCGCCUGCAGUGUCGUCUGGAAGGAGGCACUAGCAAUCUUCGAUGGGAUGCAAAAGCAACAGGCUUGCUCCCUGGUGGGUACUCGUAGGGGUGACUCUGAUGUUUCUCUUGCUUCAGCUGCUGUCUUCCCAUUUCAGAGUUUUCCCCGGUCUCCAAAGGUCCGGCUGAACGGUGUCAUCUCCAACGCAAUGUCUGCCGCGUAUGAGCAGACUGGGCACUGGAUCGCAGCUCUACAGCGAGCAUGCCAGUCUUCGACGAUCUUGGACACAAUCUCCUUCAAUUCGGUCAUUAGCUCCGGUGAGAAGGCUGCUUGUUGGCUGCCAGCGUUGGAUCUUCUUGGACGGGUCGCAGCCUGCGGCAUUCAACGGAGCCUGGUCUCCUUCAACGCCGCCGUGAGCGCCUGCGAGAAGGCUGCGAAGUGGGACGCAGCUCUCGACUUGUCCUGGGCAGCGCCGCUGCAGUCCAUCUCAGGAGACAUCGUGACGCUUGGGGCAGCCUUGAGCGGAUGCCAAGCUUGUGGACUAUGGCGUUCGUCCAUGGACUUAUUGCGCUGGUCUGCUGGAUCAUCCCUCCGGCACAACACCGUCAUCCUCAACACGGCCAUCGCUGCAAGCCAGGGGCAGUGGGAGCUGUCCGCAGGCCUGCUGUGUCAGAUGGAGUCAAGCCGGCUCGUCCCCAGCUUUUUGACCCUCGGAGCUGCGAUUGGAGCCUGUGAAGAAUGGUCCGAGUGGAGCCGUGUGCUCCGACUUUUCAAGGAGCUGCAUCAACUCCAGCUGAGAAGGAGUGAUCUCAUACACAACUGUGCUGUCACAGCCGCCUCCGACGGAUUAUGCUGGUCCACAGCGCUGGAGUUUUUACGAGAUCUUCGAGCAGUGCAGGUUCAGCAGGACGCACUUUCUUUUUCAUCUUCAGUGGCAGCUUGCCAGCGGAAUUGGCAGGCUGCGCUGAGUGUCGUGGAAGAGAUGACGAGGGCUAUGGUCGCCAAGGAUGUCGUAUCCUUGAGCUACGCUGUCACAGCCUGCGAACGAGGCCGAGUGCCGUUGGCCGACAUCUUGGAACUGAUCGCGACGACAGCCCAGCUCGAAUUGACCUCGGCUCUGUCUGUGAACGGAGGGGUGACGCUCGACUGA